UUUACCCAGUCUUUUUCUCUUUUACCAUUUUUUGUCCAUCAAUUGCUCUGUACACAUUUGCUCAUUUCUUUCUUCCAGAACAUUGUUGUCUUUCAAUCAUGAAAACUAUCAGUUCACAAGACGAACUUAAUAGCCAGCUCUCCUCUGCAGGAUCACGUCUGGUUGUUGUCGACUUUUUCGCCACCUGGUGCGGACCAUGCAAAACACUAGCUCCAAUUCUUGAGGGCUUGGAACGCAAGCACACUACUACAAUCUUUGCAAAGAUAGAUGUGGAUAAGGCACAGGAUUGUGCAAGGCAAUACAACGUCUCUGCUAUGCCCACUAUUCUCUUCUUUAAAAACCGUUCAGAGGUUGGACGUGUCGUUGGUUCAAAUGUUGGAAAGAUCCAAUCCCUCAUUAAGACAUAUGAGGACGGAACAGCUUUCAGUGGAGCAGGUCAGACUCUAGACGGCAGCAGAAAGACAGCCAGAAACAAUUCUUCGAGCACCUCUUCUGGCUUUAGGAAAACUCAUAUUGAUAAUACACCUUACCAUGUCCGAUUGUGGACUGCUGUUGGCCACCUGUCCUCUGGUAUUCUCAACUUUUGUGCACGCUGUCUACAGAGUCUUGCAUUUGUAGCCGGCUCCGCAAAGACUGGUCUUAUUGGCGAUAGCAUGUCAUCACCUAAAGAAGUGAAAACAGUUGAGGGACCAGGAGGUAACUGCCAAAUCCAGGUGAGAAUGCUAGAUGGGUCCUCAAUCCGUGGCGAUUUUGCACCAGACCACACAUUGGAGCGUGUACGAGAGUUUGUGCAAGCCAAUAUGGAUGCUAGAGGCAUCAAAGCUCCAGGGUUUGCACUGAUGACCAAUUUCCCUAAAACUGUUUACAAGGACGAAAAUUUACAGCAGACGCUUGAUGAAGCAAAAUUGACGCCACGAGCACAACUUAUUGUCAUUGCUUAGAAAUGCUUUUAAUAAAAUGAAGACGAAAUGCAUUAUUAGAUAUUAGUGGUAUAGGAAAAUGUCCAAUUAAGUCGCUUGUUCCUUUCUGAUUGCCGCUUCACGCAUACUAGCGCCCUUCCAUCUAACUAGAAGAAAGAGUGCCAUACAAAAAAUGUUGAGGACUGCUAGGAUAACACCAUAGUAGCCAUAACCAAUUUUGUCUACUACAAUCUGAGCAAUCAGAGAGGCGAUACAAGCGAAGAUCAUGCGCAAAAAGUUUGCAGCAGCCG